AUGACGAACGUGUGGUCCUCUAGUACAUGCUACUUCGCCGAGUUCGUAGUAUACGGAUUCAUUUUCAGUCGAGAGGAGUUGCAAGUGGUGCCACGUUCAAAAACAUCCUCUCCUGCUAGUGUACCAUUGUCUUGGAAGUGCUGGAGCCCAGUAAUGACACGUUUUUCUAAUGCCCAACCCACAAGGUUCGCUCCGGAUGAAAUCAUAAGACCACUAGUAGAGCGAUAUGUUGCUAGCGGGUACAGCAAUCCGGAGGUUAUAUCACGUCUUCGAACACACAAGGAGACCAGUAAUUUCAAGAUAUCACUUAGCCUCCUGAAAAAGCGCCGCUCAGAAUGGGGACUCAAGUCUACCCGUGGUCAAGCACACAAUCAAGAGCAUCGGACCUGCAAUCGGAUUCACCAACGAUUCCCCAAACAAGGUUCUCACGACAUGAAGCAAACACUGCUGCAGGAGGAGCAGCUUAUGGUUCCGAGAACCUUAAUACUCCAGUAUAUGAACGUACCAUCGUCCGGAUGUCAGGAGACCCCCAUCAUGUUCCUUUACCGUCCAUCGCUCUCGCAGAUAUAGAUCGCUUCACCAGGGCAAUACGAGAUUCAUCUAGGAUGAACCCAGGGGAGUUGAGGACGGAUCUCAUAGUCCUCUUGCAGAUAACAUGGGACCAGAUCAU